AAUAGCUUCAAACUGGAAUCAGCUUCAGUCCUUCGUGUUUUCUUUACGGGUGAUGAUGUAUGCGUGUUUUUUAUGACGUGUAUUUUAAUUGGUGAAAAAUAUGAAAUAAAUCAAUAAAUUGUUAAAAGUUCUAUGCAGUUAGAAUAAUAGCUAUGAUACAGCAUCUGGAACACUUAGAACAUAUAUCUUCAGUGCAUAGAACUAAUCGAUAUAAGGAUAAAAUGGAAGAAAGCAACCACUGAAAGUCGCUUUGUGUUUUAUUUUGGGAAUGUUGGUAAACAAAAACGCCAGCACGAAAGAUUGUUAAUUAAAGAAUCUUGGAAUAAUGGAAAAAGGCAACGCAAUGUGUUCGAGACCACUAGGACCUACAGCACCUCCACCAUCACCAUCAGCACUUCCUCCUUCUUAUGAGGAAGCUAUAGCACAAUCGAUGGGAGUGACAAAUCCACCCAUCAGCGUUCCACCCUAUCCUACAGAACCUAGAAUUCCAAUGCCUACACCUUAUAUUCAACCAAUGAUCCAAAUGCCCCAACCUAAUCAUUCUGAUGGGCCAAUUGUAUACGAUCCUUCACCACAAUAUAACAAUAAUACACCUCCAACAUAUCCAAUUACGUCGGAGGUCAGAGUAGUACGUCAACCUGGAUCAUAUGCUUUGGCGCCAAGUCCUGUUAAAAUGCAAUGUCCUUCUUGUUUGGCGGAUAUCAAGACAUCUAUUGUUUCAGAUCAUCAACCUAUGGCACAUAUUUGUUGUCUCAUUCUUUGUAUUCUUGGGUGUUGUUUAUGUUCUUGUCUGCCGUACUGUAUGAGUGCCUUCAUGACAGUUCAUCAUUUUUGUCCUCGCUGUAAAAUUUAUAUUGGUACAUGGAAAGGAUUUGAACCUUCUAGACGUCUCAUGGCAGUCAGAGUUUAAAUGUAUUUUCAAAUAUUCAUCAUGCAUGAAAAUAUUAUUGAAGAUAAUAAUUAGAUACCUUGAAAUAUAAAUAUUUAUUAAAAAGAAUACGUCAACAAAAAACAGUAAUUUACUCAAAAAUUAUUAACGUUCUAGAAAAUUUUUGAAAAAAUAAAUAUUUAAAAAUUCAUUAAAAAAUUAAUGAAAAAUUUCUCAUUCAGAGCAAAUUAAUUAUCUCUGUUUUAAUUACAGCUGUGCUUUAAGUAAUUAUUAUAAAAAUAUUUGAAUUUAGGUCAUAACACUUAUAUAAAUAUUGUAUGAUAAUUAAUGAUAUUGUACAUUUAUUUUGAUAGUUAUAAAAGUUUUUUAUAAGCCAGUAAAUCUAGUAAGU